AUGCAUUUCCGAUCCGUUGUGCCCAUCGCCUUAUCCGCGGCUUUUGCAAGCUUCGGCCUCAGUGCCCCUUCAGCAGACCGACCCAACGUCAGACAGCUUUCUGGCUCACUUGCAGUGGUCGAAGGCCAAGAACCUCUGACAUUCAAGUACACCACACCUGACGCCUACUCUACAAACUGGGUCGGCCUUUACUAUCCAGGAGGCGGCCCUACCAACCAAGUUAAACCAGAGCAAUCCCUUGUCUGGGCCUACACUCCUGACUCGGAGGGCACCGUCAAACUGUCUCCAUCUGGUCUUCAACCGGGGAACUACUCCGCCUAUUUUCUUGCACGGGACGGCUACAAGUGGCUCGCCGAGCCCAUCCCGGCCGUUCUGCCUCGUGCUCCGUCUGGGCCCCUUUCCUUUCUCGUCAACGAGGCAACUCUUCACAACGCCCGUCAGGGCGAUGCCUAUGAGGCUCAAGUCGGAGGCUUCGUUGCCGGUGGCAGCGAGGCUCUGACUUUCUCGCAGGCCUCCAGUGACAACUGGGCCAAGGUAUCUCCCGACGGGACCAUCACGGGCACACCUGGCCGCACGGCAUCCGACACACACAUCACUUUGCGCGCAACAUCAGGAGAUUCUUCAGCUGAAAUCAAGCUCACCAUCCCCGUUCGCCGUGCUGGUUCUUCUCUCGUCAAGACACUUCGAGUCCUGACUUUCAACAUGUGGCACGGGGGCACCCAGGUUGACAACUACCACGAGAAACAAGUCCGCUUCCUUCUCGAGAGCAACGUCGACAUUGUGGGACUUCAGGAGGACCAGAGCGGCCGCCACGCUCACCGCCUUGCGCAUGCUCUGGGAUGGCACUACUGGGCCAGCUCGCGCAGCGUCGGUGUUAUUAGCCGUUACCCCAUCGCCAAGAAGUAUGGGGAGAUCAACGCCUCGGGUGGUGUACGCAUCGCCCUUGACGGCGAUGAGCAACAAAUCAACUUCUGGGUUGUGCAUCUCGGUUACACACCUUAUGGACCCUAUGACUUCUGCUUCGAUGGCAUGGAUGUGGAGACUGUCAUCGAGCGCGAGACCAAGUCAGGACGUACGCCUCAGAUUACCGACACUCUGGCCGCUAUGGAGGGACAGAUUGCUUCCGCCGAGGAUGUGCCUGUGCUUCUCGUUGGCGACUUCAACGCACCUUCCCACCUUGACUGGACGGAGGCUCUCAGGAAGAAGAACUGCGGCUAUGCUAACGUACCGUGGCCGACGUCUGUCAAGACUACAGACGCGGGCCUGGUUGACUCGUUCCGCGUUGCGAACCCAGACCCUGUCAAGGUGCCAGGCAUCACUUGGUCACCCUUGUUCCCUUUCCACGACGGGGCCACGGGACGCCCUGAGCCGCAAGACCGUAUCGACUUUAUAUACCAUGCUGGCAAUCUGACGGUCAAGAACUCAAAGGACGUUGUUGUCGGUCAGCCCAAGCCGUCGCCAAAUCACAAGCAGAAUGAGUGGACCACGGACCAUGCGACUAUUUUGACGACGUAUGAACUGCCUGCUUGA